GACCUCCUCCUCUCGGCCAAUAAACGCCACGCUGUCGCCCCCGUGUUACUGGGUAGAACAAAACAAAAACAAACAGAGCGAGCGGGGCCAGAGGCGCUCCGAGGCGGCGGCGGAGGCUGAGGAGCGGGGUCGGGGCCAGGUGGACCGGAGACCCGGGCGAGCGGCGGCGGCCGGAGGAGGACAUAGAUUUUUAAAGGAAGACUUCCAUUUCCUAAUUUGUGUAUAAUCAGUGCAAGCGAAAUUAAGGAAAAAUGGAUGUAGAAAAUGAUCAGAUUCUGAAUGUAAACCCCACUGAAAAUGCUGACACUGAGGAAAUAAAGAAUGAAAUAAAUGGAAAUUGGAUUUCUGCAUCCUCUAUCAAUGAAGCUAGAAUUAAUGCUAAAGCAAAAAGACAACUACAGAAAAUUUCAUCCCGGGACUCUGGCAGAGACGAUUCAGUUAGUGGCAAUGGAAGUGAAGCCAUUAGAAGUGGAUUAACUGUGCCCGCCAGUCCAAAAGGAAGGUUGCUAGAUAAGCGUUCCAGAUCUGGGAAAAGAAGGGGGCCGCCAAAGAAAGGUGGUGCAGGAGGCAAGGGUGUCUGGGGUACACCUGGACAGGUGUAUGAUGUGGAGGAGGUGGAUGUGAAAGACCCAAACUAUGAUGAUGACCAGGAGAACUGUGUUUAUGAAACUGUGGUUUUGCCUCUGGAUGAGACAGCAUUUGAGAAGACUUUAACACCAAUUAUACAAGAGUACUUUGAGCAUGGAGAUACGAAUGAAGUUGCGGAAAUGUUAAGAGAUUUAAACCUUGGUGAAAUGAAAAGUGGAGUGCCUGUGUUGGCAGUGUCUUUAGCAUUGGAGGGGAAGGCCAGUCAUCGAGAAAUGACCUCCAAGUUGCUCUCUGACCUUUGUGGGACAGUAAUGAGCACAAAUGAUGUGGAGAAGUCAUUUGAUAAGUUGUUGAAGGAUCUACCUGAAUUAGCAUUGGAUACUCCUAGAGCACCACAGUUGGUGGGCCAGUUCAUUGCCAGAGCUGUUGGAGAUGGAAUUUUAUGUAAUACCUAUAUCGAUAGUUACAAAGGCACUGUAGAUUGUGUACAGGCUAGAGCUGCUUUGGAUAAAGCUACUGUGCUUCUGAGUAUGUCUAAAGGUGGAAAGCGCAAAGAUAGUGUGUGGGGAUCUGGAGGUGGGCAGCAGUCUGUCAAUCACCUUGUUAAAGAGAUUGAUAUGCUGCUUAAAGAGUAUUUACUCUCUGGAGAUAUCUCUGAAGCUGAACACUGCCUUAAGGAUCUGGAAGUACCUCAUUUUCACCACGAGCUUGUGUAUGAAGCCAUUGUAAUUGUUUUAGAGUCAACUGGAGAAAGUGCAUUCAAGAUGAUCUUAGAUUUAUUAAAAUCCUUGUGGAAGUCUUCUACCAUUACCAUAGACCAAAUGAAAAGAGGUUAUGAGAGAAUUUACAAUGAAAUUCCAGAUAUUAAUCUGGAUGUCCCACACUCAUACUCUGUGCUGGAGAGAUUUGUAGAGGAAUGUUUUCAGGCUGGAAUCAUUUCCAAACAAGUCCGAGAUCUUUGUCCAUCAAGGGGAAGAAAGCGUUUUGUAAGUGAAGGAGAUGGAGGCCGUCUUAAACCAGAGAGCUACUGAACACAAGAACUCUUACAAUCUUAGGUGUGAUAACGGCAGAUCUGAACUGGAACAUAUUGAUUGGUCUUAAAUACUAGACAGUUAAGUAAAUGGUGGCUGGAACAUCUAUUUUUCUACAAAACUGGAAAAAUGAACUCGGUUCUACAAGAAUGUACAACAAAAUAAACCGUGAAGCAGUGUUGAUUCUUU